AUGGCAAGGGGCAUCUCUCUUGACCUGGAUAGCUCUGACUCCAUCAAAUCCGCAGCCAGCAGGGUAGCCUACGAUUUAGCAACUUUCUAUACAGGUAACAAUACAGGAGAUGUGCCGGGUAAUCUUCCAGAUCCAUACUACUGGUGGGAAGCAGGGGCCUUUUUUGGGGCUCUGAUCAAUUACUGGGCUUAUACUGGGGAUACAACCUACAACAAAAUCACUCUCCAAGCGAUGGAACACCAGUCUGGCACAAACGGCGACUUCAUGCCCAUCAACCAGACGUAUACGGAGGGUAAUGAUGACCAAUGCUUUUGGGCAGUCAGUGCAAUGAUGGCUGCCGAGCGAAACUUCACCAACCCAUCUUCUUCCCUGCCCGGCUGGUUAGCUAUGGUGCAAGCCGUCUUCAACCAGCAAGCCCAUCGGUGGGAUAAUUCUAGCUGUGCCGGUGGUCUACGUUGGCAGAUUUAUACCUGGAAUGCUGGAUACAAUUACAAAAACACCAUUUCCAACGGCUGCUUUUUCGACAUCGCAGCGCGACUGGCGCGGUAUACAGGCAAUGCAACCUACGCUGAGUGGGCUAACAAAUCCUGGAACUGGGCGAAGCGUGUCGGAUUGAUUACUUCCGACUACCAGGUGUAUGAUGGUACUACUGAUAUAUCCAACUGUACCUCGUACGACCACACUCGAUGGUCUUAUACUGCUGGCGUCUACCUUCAUGGAGCUUCCGUGAUGUACAACUACACUUCCUCUCUCUCCACCAACUCAUCAUCCAACUCCUCUUCCACGUGGAAGACACGAGUAAAUGGGCUACUUGCCAACGCUAAUCACUUUUUCUCCACGAAUGAGUCCAGCACGAAUGUCAUGUAUCAACCACCCUGUGAGUUGACUGGCAGGUGUAACACCGACCAGUUGUCCUUCAAGGCAUACAUGGCCCGCUGGCUAGCUGAAGCCAUCCAGCUGGCGCCAUAUACCUACGACACUGUUAUGAUAAAGCUCCGUGCCACUGCAAAGGCCGCUGUCGCUCAGUGCCAGGGUGGGUCUACCGGUACCUAUUGCGGGCAUCGCUGGUCAAGCGGUAGCUAUGACGGUACUACUGGAGUUGGACAACAAAUGGGCGUCCUUGAAGUUCUGCAAGGACUCCUGGCUCCUGACAACAGUGGGCCAUUGACUUCGUCCACUGGUGGGACAAGUGAGGGAGACAGUGCGGCUGGAACUGGCUCUGAUGAAGACGAAACUACCAUUCAUUACUCGGCCAUCACGGCUGGUGAUACCGCUGGUGCAGCAAUCUUGACUGCAAUUGUUAUCGGGUUAACACUUUCUGCCGUUUAUAUGAUGCUUGUUUGA